CUCAAACACACUCCACACCCCCUGACUAUUUCACUCCCUGCCACAGUCCUCGUCCCCUCCCACUCUGUGACAGUUAACUGUAUAAAUAUCCUACUCUCAGCAUUGCUGGGAUUCAGACACUGACCUGCACUGACCAGAGAUACUCAGGUGGGGAAAAGACUAGCUAAAGAAAGAAAAGAUAUACAUUUGAGGAGUCCUUCAUCCUUGCAAAUAUCCCCAAAACAGAAGACUAUAGACUCAGUCUGACCCUUCAGAAUGUGGCUCCAGGUGUCUCUCCUGUGUCUGUCCUUCUUAACUCUAGCCAGCCACAGCCAGGCCGAAGACCGAGCCUCCCUCCACCGCUCCAAUGACCCAGCCGGACGCUGCCACUACACCUUCACCGUGGAAAGUCCAGAGGAGGCCAGCUGCCCUGGGGGUAGUGGGAAACCAGAGACUGAUGGAGUCUUGUCCCGGCUCACCCUGCUGGAAGCUUUGGUCAGCCGCCUGAUUGCAGGAGUAGACACAGACACCAGGACUGAGGUCGGGGCUAAGGGUGAAGAAGGUCUCCAGGAAGCUUACUCCCAGGUUAUAGGGGAAAGAAACCAGCUGCAGCAAGACAAGGAGCGUCUGAACAGGCAGGUCCAGGAGCUCCAGAGGAGGGUAGCUGAGCUGAGCCAGGAGGCAGAGAGCCUCAGGCAGAAACCCUGCGAGCAGUCACACUCCUCAGGGGGGGCUCAGCAUGAAAACAGCCACAGACCUGCUAAUGACCCUGCCUAUGAUUUUAGCAAUGGUGCAUACCAGGAGAUGAAGGCUGAGGUAACGGAGGUCCCAGCAUCCCACCUCAUUCCUGAGGGAAAUCACAACUUCACAGGCUGUGGAGAGCUGCUGUCAGUGGGAGAUCCUGUGUUACACAGGAAGGCUGACGGGAUCACAGGGAAGUAUGGAGUGUGGCUGCAGGAUCCCGAACCCCAAGGCCCUCUGUACACCAAUAAGACCGUGUGGCGAAUCGACACAGUGGGCAAAGACGUCCGUCAGCUUUUCGCAUAUGAAGAUAUGAAACAGUUCUCCCGUGGCUUCCCUAUGAAGGUCCUGGUCCUUCCAGAGCCUGUGGAGAGCACUGGGGCAACAAUGUACCGUGGUUCCUUCUACUACCAGCGCAAACGCAGCCGUACCCUGAUCCGCUAUGACCUGGCCUCUGAGAGCCUGGCAUCACGCAUAGAGCUACCUCACGCUGGCUUCCACGGCCAGUACCCUUACUCCUGGGGUGGCUACACGGACAUCGACCUGGCAGUGGAUGAGCAAGGUCUGUGGGCCAUCUACAGCACAAGCAAGGCAAAGGGUGCCAUUGUGAUUUCCCAGCUUGACCUAGAGAGCCUGGAGGUGAAGAAGAGCUGGGAGACCAACAUCAGGAAGAACACAGUGGCCAAUGCUUUCAUGGUAUGCGGACAUUUGUACACGGUGGCCAGCUACACAGCACCCAACACCACCAUCAACUAUGUGUUUGACACAGCCACCGGCAAGGGGCGUGCUGUCACUGUGCCCUUCAAGAACAAGUACCGUUACAACAGCAUGGUGGACUACAACCACAUCCAGAGGAAGCUGUACGCUUGGGACAACUUCCACAUGGUCACCUAUGACAUCAGACUGGGCAGGGCAAGCCAUGGCAGCAGCUAAAGGGGACAAAAACAGAAAGGGACUGCUGUUUACUGGACUGUGCUGAUGCAGGAUCAUGUCAAUGAGAUCAAACAUAAUCAUUUAAAUUUUGAAUAUUGCAAGGCUUUGACAUGACAUGUUUGUUUUUCAACACUAGAAUCUAUUUUUCUAUACACUAUUGUAAAUAAGAUCUAUUAUGACCAUACAUAAAUAUUCAUAAAGCAGCAAUGUAGCUGAGAUACAACCAAUUAUGAUUUCUGUAAUUAUUGCAGUAAAGUUAACAGUAAACAUGGUUUGAAAUUGUGAAAUAUUUUUGUUAUCAGUUAAUAAAGGUUCCUGUUAUUUAAGUUCUCAAUAAAAAUGUAAAUAGUAUAAUCUUGUCUGAGUCAUAAUUUGGUGCCUAUUCAGACACACAUUCUUGACAAAUAUUGAGCAGACAUGUUAUGCUACCUGUUAUUCUGUCUGAUAAUAUGAUGGAGUGAAUGAAGAGUGUGGAUUAAUUAAUGCACAUUGAAUAGAGGGGGACA